AUGGAUGCACCUCGGACAAAAGAGGCACUGAGACUGAGGCACGAAACUGAAGCAGCGAAGUUGGAGGACUCGCAUGGAGAUGGGAACACGCCUUUUGCAGGCCCUGUGGGAGAGAAGUAUCCGCAUGGGUUUCAGGAAAUGCGUGCGAAGAUGCGAGUGGAGAAGAGACUGAAAAAGCAGAAAAAAGCGGCAGAAGGUGGUCUCAGACGGGGGAACGUACUCGAAGACGACGAGAUAGAUAAGGAUGAUCCUGAUGCGAAUGGUCACGAAUCAGACUCGUCUGGAGAGGAGGAUGUCAGCCAAGCACACAGUUCUCCGACAGGUUCUCCAACGGCUAGACCCGGUGCAGCUGGAGGACAAGGACAACGAAAGAAAAAAGCUGAAAUCGGAUGUUGUGGUAGGUGUCAUAGGCGAUUGAUACGGCCAACGCCUCAAACCGAUGCGCUGUUUGGUUUUGGACCUGUCAGUACUGCUCUCGUCCCUUUUGUAGAUCGCCUCUCGGCCAAAGACGAACAGUUUUUGUUUGCGCAACUGUUGAAAUGCAGAACGGAUGGGACAGUGUACAUCACGUUUGCAACAAGGGAAAUGCGGGAACUGGUUUUGUCGAAUUAUGGCUAGAAGGAGGUAAAGUUAUAACUGCGACGUCGAUGUAACUCAGAACAGAUUCAGAGUAUCCGCAUAAGUCUAAUAAAUUGCUGAAACCUUCCAGCCUCAACCUCUUUUUCUAAUCUCAACUUGAUGCUGAUUUCCUACCAUUCCGCGGAAAGCACUACGUAUCCCUGUCACCAGUCGACGCAGAUCCUGAGAAUGUGAAUUGGCGUCUAGAGUUCCGCGCUCAACGACUUGUAGUAGCAGUCGGCAGCAUGAUUGUCCUGCUGUUCGUCUACGUCCUCCUGAGUAUACCCAAUGCGUACUUGAACAUCGUCUACGCCAGAACGCCUGGCCAAGAGCUGCAUUUCAUCACGGAUUGGCUCACUGGUCUUGGUUCGGCGAUAGGCGCGAUGCACAUUGUGCGAGUUGGUGGUGCGGUUUUCACUUGGGUCGGGUUCACGAAUAGGGAGACGCGGAACGUCUUUUUCUUCGUGGCGACGUACUUUAGCGUCAUCGGGAUGCUGAUCAUUGAUAUCGGGAUCAUAUGGCUUAUCACUCUUGGAAAAGUCUUUGAUGCGGUCAACGAAAACUCGAAGUUCGACUUGCAUUCCCUCUUGGCAGUGGAAGCGCAGGAUUUCCUUUUGCCAUUUGUGUUUUCGGUGUUGUUUUUCGACCUGAUACUAGACGUGUUGCUUCCGGCGUAUGUGGGUCGGAAUGUAGUGCGAAGUCGGAUGUAUGAGCGGAUAUCCGCUGAAAAGUUGGUAUCACCAAACGCUUUUGAUUAUCCGGCGCAGUACGUGACGAUUUUGCUGACGUUUUUCGCUUUCGUGGUGUGGUGCUGGCUAGACGUGGAGUACUUGACAAUUUUCUACGUCCAUUUCUCUUUCUGGUUAUAACAGGGACUAGCUCCUAUAUUCAUGGUUGAGCACUACCUCUUCCCAUGCUUUCUUGCACCAAACCAUAUCUUAUACUUAUCCAUAACCUCCUUCUAUUUUCUACCAUCAGGGCCGUCGCCUACCUGCUCGUCGGCCUCGUCGUGGUCCUGUGCAUCAUGUAUCUGCUCACUGUCUAUUCGUCAGUGCGGUUGUACAAACGGACCUCCAUUACUUCGCCUUCUGCGUGUCGCACAGCGUUUAGACUCUGGGGGGUUGGCCUCGGUCAAAUCCUUUGGAACGCGGCCACGUAUGCAGAAAGAAGGGGAUAUGUGGAUUUAUGCGGCUUUUAUUUUUAAUGUGAAGAAGAAGAACUUUUUCAUAGGAGGGUUAUUUCUAUAGUUCUUCCUUGCUGAGGCAGGGGUUAUUUCGAUAGCUCUGUAUCAAAGUCAAUUGGUAGUAACCCACACUUCUCAGAUAAAAAUUUUUCUAAAAUCCCUCAACGACAGCGGUAUUGCGCUUAUAGCGGCGCACUUUGGACUCUACUUCCUCGCCCUGUACAUGAUAGAUAGUUGGAACGAGCCUAGGGCAGGGGGGACCGAAGGCGAACCAGUCAGCUACGAAGAGAUGAUGCUGCGCCGAGCUCACACUGGAGACAGCGCGACCUACUUCAACUGCAACCACAUUGCGUGUCUGCGCUCGAAAUAUUACGACAGACUGGACUAGUUAAUGAUCUUAUUCUUGAUACUGCUAGAACAUCUAGUUGCAUUACCUCUAAGAAUACAGCAUUCCAACUCCCCAACUCCUCUAUCUGUUAGAAGUGUGUGAACUCUCUAAUCUCCUCUCCGCGACAAUCCUCUACUGGCAGAUCCAAACGGCCUUUUCAAAAUUCACGAUCUACAACACCGAAAAGAUCUUACCCAAGACGAAAAGAAGGAGGAGGCACAGAGACACCUCGAUUAUCUCUGGUUUGGACGGAGAGAAGGUAGUAGAUGUAGACGUACCCCUGGAUUAACUUUACUACUACUGCUCCUACAACUACUAGAUUUAUUUGCUUCUCCUACUACUAAAUUCCUUAUGUAUAUUGUAUCUAACACUGUGGAUUCUCAAACUUGUCGUGUCUUCGUUUAAGAUGUUCGCCCACUAGUAGAACUGAAGAUUCAUUCACAGGAAAAAUUAGUCACGACAGGAGGUCACGUUAAAAGACUUUUACACAAGAACUACUGUAGUUGUUCCCUUUUUAGACUUUGUUCCCACUUGAUCAUGCCGCUUUUGGUAGUAUCGUUCGUCCACUUAUUAAUCCUCGGACUGCUCGGUCCCACUCCUACCUGAUACAACAACUACAAGGAACUACGACCGCUUCCUCCGUUCUUCCAGGGGUGAUGACAUACCCCUGGAUUAACUUUACUACUAUUAUUAUCGAUUAUGAUCGAUUAUGAUCUGAUGCUCCUGUUGACAUUCUCAUUUUAUGUGUGAAAAGGAAGACAAGUGGCGAAAAACAACCACAAUUCAAAGAACCGAAAAUUCAAUUUCUUGCAUACACAGCUGGCUGUCCUGGUGUGAUUACACCCUACGUCGCUGGAUACGACCACUUGCAACCUGGCAUGCCAAGACUCUAUUCCUCUACACCGAUUGAGAGAGGUGAUAUGUUGGAGAGAGAAACAUUUGCAGAAGACGAAAAAUUUUUACGAGACGAGGAACUGAUUUUGGAAGCAGCGGUGCCGCAGAGUGUGGUGGAUGCCGUGACGGCGGCGAGGAGGGCGCCGUGAUUGAUUUUGUUUGGAAGAUGAAAGUUAUGUGUUUGUACUAUUAAAUAAAGGAAAGCAUGUAUAGCCUAUGAAUAUUUCGACUCUGAGUCCUCGGGGAGACUAACAAAACUAAGUAUUUAUUAUUAUUGUCACAUUCUACUUGCUAGUAAGUUUUCUCUAAUCAUCUAUUAUGUGUUUAUUCGGCCGAAAUUAAAUUCUCAAUUUUUACGCAAGAAGUAUGUAACAUGAAAAAAAUGAUUCCUUGAUCGAUUUGUUUCGCAUAGACACAGAACAUCGGGGGACUAAAAUCAUCAACAAAUACAAAACGAAUGCUGAAGAUACCUGCAUAGUAACAUCUUCGCGUCCGUUUUAUUCGUAGUGCUAUAAGUAGUUUGACUGUGCGAGAUCGAGGCAAAAUUUCCAGUUCUGACGAAGGGAACACUUGAACAGAUUUAAUGAGCACGAUUACCACAAAAAGUAAGAGAUAUGAUAUCAACAACACUCAUUGACAUCACCAGACGUAGCUCCAAGAGAAAGGACUACUUCUUCGUUGCAGAUUUACGUGGUAAAGUACACAGAAUACAAUGAAGACUACGUACUCGCUUGCGCAUGAAGAUUGAAACAUACGAAAACCUCUUUUUCCAGAUGACCGAAGCAAAUACUUUAUAGCAACCUGUGAUGGCACAGGAAAUUUGACCGAAACUGCUCUCGCCAAC